UUAACAACUGGUUGGUGGGAAAAAUAAUUUGUAAAAUUAACAAAAAGUUUUUCAGAAAUCAGGCGAAAAUGGAUAAAUUACGUGCCGUUAUUUUUGAUCGUGUUGGCCUCAGUACGAAAGACUCAUUCGAUUUAUUAUACCUAAAUUGGUGGCUGAACGGCAACACGAGUUGGAAGCCACAUCGCCUUGGGCACAUAUUGCAUAUGACCAUAUGCUGGUGUUUGAAGUUUUUCGCGCCGGUAACCUACUUCAAGGGCUUCUUAAUUGCCUUAUCUACUUCGACAAUAACAACAGCAUUAUAUAAUUUACAAGCAACUCUAGAUGUAAUGGUUGCACCCUUCAAGGCGGUGGUCAUUGCAAAACACAUGCAUCGCUUACGCACUCUAACGGAGGUAUUCAAUCGAUUGGAUGAUCGCUACCACAAUCCCAGGGAACGCGCACAAAUAGAUGAAGGAGUAAUCAUUUGCCGACAAAUAAUCUGUUUUUAUUGUGCAGUUUAUUCAGGUUAUGCCGUCAUGACCUGGUUGGGUGCGUUGAUUGCCGGUAAAAUGCCGCAUUAUUUGUGGUUUCCAUACUUCGACUCUAUACCAAACGAAACGCUACGUUAUUGGUUACAGUUCACGUUUGAGGCACUUUUUAUCCAUUUCAUGUUAAAUGUCAGCUAUACAAAUGAUGUGUUUCCGGUGAUUUAUAUGCGCGCCUUACGCACCCAUGUUAAGCUGUUGGCUGAGCGUGUUAGUCGCGUGGGCAGUAAUCCCGAACUUAGCGCUGAAGAGCAUCAUAGGGAACUUGUCGAUUGUAUUGUAGCGCAUCGGGAAAUAUUGUAUAUCGUGGAUGUCGUUGGUGCUAUCACUUCUUUAACAAUAUUCCUGCAAUUCGCCAUGGCCGCUGCUACUCUCUGCGCCUGUAUGUUGAAUGUUUUAAUAUUCGCAGAGAGGAUUGGUCAGAUUAUCACGAUUAUUUACUACAUGGGCGUUUUGCUGCAGACUGGCGGCUCCUGCUAUCAAGCAUCGAUGCUGGAGGCAGAAAGUUCAAGCUUGGCCACGGCAAUAUUCCAUUGCAACUGGUUGAAUUUGGAUAAACGUUCUCGUACAUUACUUGUGUAUUUCAUGCAACGCGCUCAGGAGGACAUCGCCUUCACUGCAUUGAAACUGUUUCAAAUUAAUUUGAAAACUAAUUUGUCGUUGGCUAAAUUUUCCUUCACGUUGUAUACGUUUAUGAACGAGAUGGGUCUGGGAAAUGACUUGGCUAAAAGUCAAUCUUGAGCUUAAACGAAAAAAUCCUAAAGGAAUAUUACACUUUGCUCCUGAAGAGUUAAUAUAUAAUUUUUUUUUUAAUUAGAGUGCACAAACAUUUAAUAGAUUUUUUUAGGCUG